AUGUUCACCUACAUCGCUGUCGCUUGCCUGUUCGCUGUGGCUCAUGGAGCCCCAUCCGGGGGAUAUUCUAGCGGAUAUGGAUACUCAUCACCGAUAAUUUACAGUGCACCGGCUAUCUCCACCGCCAACCUAAUUAAAGCAGCUCCUAUUCCCGUCUACAAGACCAUCUCGACGCCAAUAAUUUAUGAAUCAGCCCCCAUCGCUCCUAUCGCUCCCAUCGCCCCAAUUGCUCCCAUCGCUCCUAUCAUUUCCACACCAAUUCUGAAGACUGUUUCGACACCGAUCAUUUCGCAAGGGUACAGUAUAGGAGGAUACGGUCUUGGAAGCUACAACCAAGGAGGAUACGGUCUUGGAAGCUACAACCAAGGAGGAUACGGUCUUGGAAGCUACAGUCUCGGCGGAUACGGACAAGGCGGAUAUGGACUCGGAUACGAGUCGGGUGAUUACAGCAGCAAUUGGAGCAAGCACUAA